GGGAGACCAGAUAUAGUGAAUGCAGGGUCCGGGGAGACCAGAUAUAGUGAAUGCAGGGUCUGGGGAGACCAGAUAUAGUGAAUGCAGGGUCCAGGGAGACCAGAUAUAGUGAAUGCAGGGUCCGGGAGACCAGAUAUAGUGAAUGCAGGGUCCGGAGACCGGAUAUAGUGAAUGCAGGGUCCAGGGAGACCGGAUAUAGUGAAUGCAGGGGUCCGGAGACACCAGAUAUAGUGAAUGCAGGGUCCGGGGAGACCGGAUGUAGUGAAUGCAGGGUCCGGAGAGACCGGAUAUAGUGAAUGUGGGGUCCGGGGAGA